GGGAAGAUCAUCAAUAUUCGAAGUCACAAUCGAAGAUGAACAUCCUAACGAUACUCGCGACAACACUUCUUCUGAGUGGCUUCGCCACGGCAGCAGAAAGCUCAAGCUCAAGCUCAAGCUCCGCGGCGUCUUCGGCUUCGUCUUCGACAUCAUCCUCCGAAAGUAGAGGACAGUUGUUGGUUCCGUUAGAAAGGAGCUCUACCAGAAACUUACUGGAUUUGGUGAGCAGUACUACGAGCAAUUCUGCGACAACCGCAUCGGCUGCAGCCGGUGCGAAGGCAACUCUUCGAGCGAGUAAAGCAACAAAUGCCGCUCAAGGGGAAGCUUUGACGCAAGCGGCAGCUUCUGCAGCUGUGAAUGCAAAAGCACGCGCAACCGAAGCUGCUGCAGCGCAAGCCACUAACGCAGCCGUUAACGCGCAAGGGAAGGCUUCCGCGCAGGCUACUGCAACAGUGGAAGCGGCAGAAUCUUUAAGGAAAUCGGCACUCCAAGCUCAAUCCGCUGCGAGCAAUUCCAAAUCGGAGGCAGCUCAAGCUUUAAACUCAGCUAAUGCCGGAGCCAGUGCUCUCGUGACUGCUUCUGCCCAGGCCUUAUCCGCGAAGAAGGCGGCCCUCGCCUAUGCCGCUGCUGCCGCUGACGCAAACACCGCAGCGGCUAACGCUCGUGCCGCCGUUCUCGCCGCAGAAGCUGCCUCUCGAGCAGCUGCCCAAGCCGAAAAAGACUUCACAAAUGCCUCCUCCCUUGCGGCUAAAGCCCAAGCUGAAUCCAGAGCUGCCGCAGCCGCGGCUGCAGCAGCGAGACUCGCUGCAUUAGCCGCAGCCGAUGCCAGUGCCCAAGCCAAUGCAAGAGUCAGACUCACUUCCGUUCAAGCUGCCAACAAUGCUCUCAACAAAGCAAACGAUGCUCAAGCCACAGCCGACGCUGCAGCCAUAGCCAGAAGCAGCUCCAGGGACGCACAAGCGAACUGGGUUGAUAACAGGUCCAGUUCUUCAUCAUCGUCUAGUGCGUCGUCCAGUGCAUCGGCCAGUGCAUCAGCCAGUGCAUCGACCAGUGGAUCGGCCAGUGGAGAAGCCGAUUCGGAAGCCGAUUCAGGAUCUAGUGCAUCAGCUGGUUCACCAGCCGGUUUGAAUGCUGAUUCAUCUUCCGGUUCAGCCGCCAGUUCAGCUGCUGAUUCAGCCACCAGUUCAGCUUCCGGUUCAUCAGCUCGUUUAGUUGCCAGUUCUGCAGCGGACUCAUCAGCUGGUUCAGCAACCAGUGGAUCAGCUGGUUCAGCAGCCAGUGCAUCAGCUGAUUCAGCAGCUAAUCCAGAAUCUGAAGCUUCCUCCAAUGCCUCCGCCGGCGCUUCUUCUGGUGCUUCCUCCAGUGCCGCCUCCGCUGAUGCCUCCACUGAUGCUUCCGCCAUUGCUUCCAUCGAUAACUCCGCCGAAGCUCUAUCUAGCUCCUCCGCCGAGUCUUCGUCGUCCUCCUGGUCCUCUUCCAGCCAGAAUAUCUGGUCCUCGGAUUGUUGUAAUAAAAAUAAAUUUGAAUCUAGCAUAUAUAUGAUUUUAUCAUCCUCUAUACAUUACAUGUCUUCCUUUGGUUAUGUAUAUAAUCGCGUAUUCGUAUAUCAUUCAGCAUCAAUCUGCGAAGUACCGUACAAGAUGAACAUACAAGCGACAUUCGUGUUUUGCCUGCUCGCAUUGUUCGGCAGCGUAGCUCAGGCUUGGCCACCAAGGUCGUCCGAAAACAGUGACUCGUCCGCAGCAUCUUGGUCUUCGAGUUCGGCCUCGAGUUCGUCCUCGUCUUCGUCCUCGGCUUCUGCUUCGACUUCAUCAAGUUCGACAGACGAUAACAGCAGGGUUAAAGCAUGGAAGAAGGGAAGAGGUGGCGGCGACAGCUUAGUAUUGUCGAUCGAUGCAUCAGAAGAUCCGAAAAACAGAGAGCUUCUAGAGACGGACGCCGGAUUGGGUGCGGUCGCUGCAUUAGCGCGAGCUGCCGCGGAUGCCCAAACUAAAACAGCAAUAAGCGCCGAUGUUACGGCUAAUAAGGCAACCACGAAAGCUCUGUUAUUGGAUGAGGCUGCAAUAAGGGCGGAAAACGCAGCGAAUCAAAAGAUCCGUAAGGCGUUGUUAGCGGCACAAGCUCUCGUCUCAGCAUCCAGUCGUGCGAAAAUAGCAGCUAAAGCUGCGAAGGAAGCUGCUGCGGUCUCUGCUGCAGCUGCCGCAAAAGCUUCCACUAAUCAAGUAAAAGCCAACGCUGACUCGCUUGUCGCUAAUAGAGCUGCAGCCGCUCUUCUUGUCGCUGCCGAGGAAGCUCUUCAAAAAGCCAGUGCUUCGCAGAAUGCAGCAGCCGAAGCUGCUGCGAAAGCUCGCGCCGCAGCUAACGCAAAUGCCGCAACCACCAGAGCCGCGGCCUCGGCUGUACUCGCCGAAGCUCGUGCCAAAAACGCUAUCAUUAAAGCACUUGCCGCUCAAAUGACGGCUACUUCUCAGAUUACUGGCGCUUCUCAAGUACAAAAUAAUGCGAACACACUGCAAGCUGCAAGCGCUUCUUUAGUCGAAUCCAGAGCAGAAGCCGCAAUAGCUGCAGUUGCGGCACAAAAUGCCAUCGUCGCAGAAGCUAACGCUCAACUCGCUUAUCUCAACAAAGCAUCUUCAGAUGGUUCCAAUGAGGCUUCGGCUUCGGCUUCAGCUUCGGCAUCAGCCUCCUCGAGUAGUAGCAGCAUAGGGCAAUGGCGAAAAGCAACAAAAGCAGAUGCAUUAACGAUUCGAAAAUUAAUCGGUAGCGGGAGGAAAAGACAUGUAGCAAUAUUUAGAGAAGCGCGGCGGUUGUCACAAAGCUACAAAGUUCUGUGGAAGAUGAAGAUCCCCUCGAUUCUCGUAACGUGCCUUUUUACCUGGGGCUUGGCUGCCGGGAGUAGCAGCUCGUCUGCGGAAUCUUCGGCAUCGGCGUCAGCGACAGCGUCCUCAGAUGCAUCCUCGAGUGCGUCCUCGAGAUCGUCAACGGUUGCUUUUAAUAGAGCACCAAACGUGGUUUUAAAUAGGGCACCUCAACUAGGUGUUAACCCGGCAGCGGUUGCAUCGGCUCGAGCCAGCAUCUCGGCAAAUGCUGCAGCAAACGAAAAAUCGGCUCAAGAUACGCGAGCAAUCGCUUUGGCCCGAGCAAGAGUUGCCGCUACAGCGGCAGCACGAGCAAUUGCAAGGACGCAAGAAGCCGUUGCGGCGGGAAGAGCCGCAAAUAAAGCUCAUGCGCUUGCUUCUGCUAAAACUUCGGCAGCAAUUUCUGCAUUAGCUGCAGGAGAGGCUGCCGCCCAAAAGGCGGCUGCUGCUGCUCUCGCCGUAAGGACUUCCAAUCUUAAAUCUUCCAAAUGCGCAGAGGAAGCUCUGGCGGUGCAGAAUAAUGCGAAUGGAGAAGCGGAACAUGCGAGUCGUGCCGCUGCUGCUAAUCUUGCCGCGGCCAUCCGUACCCGAGACAAUGCUCUCGAUACGAGGAAAGAAGCAGCUCGGCUGAAGGCACUCGCCACAGCUGCCGCCAACGCCAAUAACAAAGCGACCAGUCUUAACGAAGCUUCUAGGAACCAAGCAGCUGAAGCAAACUCCGCUGCCGAGGAUACAUUUUCCGAUCAAUUUGCUGCUCUCGCUCAAUCUAGGGCCCUUGAUACGCUCAGCACGAGUCUCGCUGUUCUCCAAAACACCCUAUCCUCCAGACAGGAGUCCAAUGUGGCCGAAGAUGAAGCUUCCGCCGCAGCCAAAGCCUCGCCUAGCACUGCCAUAAGAGACGGACUUAACCUUGGUCUCGGCUCUGAUGCUGGUGCAGCCGCUCAAUUGAGAGCCCAAGCCGCAGCAUUAGCACGAGCAAGUAGAAGAAUUAGUUCCGGUCCUGCGUUACCAGCACGGAGGAGCGAAGAAUCUUCGGAAUCGUCAGCCUCUGCAGUUGCUAGCUCUAGCGCCAAUUCUAGUUCCAAUUCUCGUAGCGCAUCCGGAAACGCAAAAUUAAAGAAACGCAUGUUAGUAGAACAUACGGACAAGCAGGUAGCGUGUAAUGUUUGGACAGUUGUGCGAUGUGGUAUAAAAUGGAGGACUAUCGGUGCAGGUGCAUCAAUCGACGAAGAUCCUACGAAGAUGAAGUAUCUCUCAACGCUCGUGUCGUCGCUCUUGUUGGGAGCCUGUGUGCUCAGUGUCCAUGCCGACAGAUCGUGGGCAGCAUCGGAUGCAAACGCUCAGUCGUCAUCCCCAGCAGAAUCGUCAUCUCUUUGGGAAAAUUCAUCUAGCGGAAGCGCAGGAGCGCCAGCUACAGCGGAUUCAUCUGCCUGGGAUGAUUCAUCCAGCCCAAACGCGGGAGCAUCAGCUGCAGCGGAAUCGUCAUCUAGCUGGGAAGAUUCAUCCAGCGGAAGCGCUAGUUCCAGUUCAAGCGCUAGCUCCAGUUCAAGCACUAGUUCCAGUGCAAGCGCUAGUUCCAGCGCAAGCUCUAGCUCCAGUGCUAGUGCUAGCGCUAGUACGGAAGGGUCUAGCGAAUCAAGGAGGGGUAUCGCAAUUGAGGGGGCCCUUGUAGGUACGGGCGCGGCAAAUUCGGCUGCGGCAUCCGCGGAACUGCUUUCGGACACCGUAGGAUUAAGUCAAGGUAGUCUUCAAGCACAAAUAGCGGCCGUAACGCAAAUCAACGUUGCCAGCGAAGCCGUCAACCAAGCUAAUCGAUUGGCGGCUGCUGUAGCAGCAGCGGCGUCAGCCGCAGCUUCCGCACAAGAGAACGCCGCGUUGUUAGCACGAGCUUCGGUGAAUGCGGCUGAAAGUGCGGCUAAUGCCAGCUCGAAGGCUGAAGCGAGCUCCGAAGCGGCUAAAACGGCUGCGGAGAAAGUUUUAUUGCUCGCGCAAAACUCCGCACAAGCGCAAGCUCGUGCAACCGAAGAGUCAGAAUCUUCGAACAGAGACUCAGCUGCCAACGCGGCCACCGCUGCGGAAGCCGAAAGGAAAGCCACCUUGGCUCUAAGAGCUAUAGCUGAUGCCAAGGCCAAGGCCGCUGCAGCCGUUGCCGCUCAAUCGGAGGUUGCUGCGGCCACCGCAGCCGCUGCAAAGGCACGCGCCGAAGCCGAGGCAGGUGCCACUUUAGCCGCGGCAGCGCGUGUUGUCGCCGCAUCCGAAAAUGCUGCUUCCAAUCGAAACAACCGUCAAGCUGGUGUAGCUCAAGCUGGAGCAUCCGCCGCAGCCGAGACCAGAGCGCUCGCAUCCUCUGCCGCAGCCACCGCUAAAGCAGCCGCUUACUCUAAUGCCGAUAUCCGAACACUUUCCGUAGCUGCUUUGGAAUCUUCCGUAUCUUCGUCCUCAAGUAGUAGUGCUAGUACAUCCUCAUCUGCCAGUAGCAAUGCCAGUAGCGGUGCCAGUAGCGGUUCCAGCAAUGGUUCCAGCAAUGGUUCCAGCAGCGGUUCUAGCAGCGGUUCCAGCAGCGGUUCGAGCAACGAUUCUAGCAGCGAUUCUCAAAACCUCACAGGAGAUGAUGCUUCAUCCAGUGUCAGUAACGCAGCUGAAGCCGAUAAUAGAGCUAACUCGUUGGACCUAAAAUAAUCUCUCUUCCUUUGACCAGAACGUCCGUCCAUCCGUCCACCGAUGGAGUACCCGAAGUGCUUACUUACCACUAAACUAGAAUCACGAUUAUGCUCAAUAAUAAAUCUUUAAUAGAACCAAUAUCUGGAAAAUAUUUUACGAGUAAACUUCUCAUAAACGAAUUCUUGCAAACCCGAAAA